CAACAACAUCAACCAGGGUUUAGGUACUUUUUAACUUUCUAGAUAUGGAGAAAAAGCCCUCUAAAAUUUUCUUUCUUCACUUGCUGUGCAUCUUGUUCAUGAAACCCCUUGUUUCUUGUCAGCUUGAUUAUAAAUUCUAUGAUGAUACUUGUCCCAGCUUGACAAAAAUUGUCCGAUCGGGUGUUUGGUCAGCCAUUGAUAAUGAAACUAGGAUGGCUGCCUCUCUAUUGCGGCUUCACUUUCAUGAUUGCUUUGUCAAUGGAUGUGAUGCAUCUGUAUUACUUGAUGAUACUAGCACUACUAAGGGGGAAAAGAAUGCACUGCCUAAUCGAAAUUCAGCAAGAGGCUUUGAGGUCAUUGACAAUAUAAAGGCUAAUGUGGAGAAAGCUUGCCCAUCUACUGUUUCCUGUGCUGACAUACUCACUCUUGCAGCAAGGGAUGCUGUUUUCCUUGCAGGAGGGCCAUUUUGGCAAGUACCCUUAGGACGCCGGGAUAGCCUAACCGCAAGUGAGAAUGCAGCUAACCAGCAGCUCCCGUCACCUAUUGAGCCCUUAGAAAACAUCAUUGGAAAAUUCACUUCAAAGGGUCUUGAUAUCCAGGAUGUGGUUGUUCUCUCGGGUGGUCACACCAUUGGUUUUGCACAAUGCUCCACGUUCAAAACAAGGCUCUUCAACUUUAGCAGCACAAGUCAACCUGAUCCAGCCCUUGAUGCCUCAUUCCUCGAGAGUUUGCAAAGUAUUUGCCCAAAUCAAGUUGAUUCAGACACUAAUCUGGCUCCUUUGGAUUCUGCUACCACCUACAGAUUUGACAACGCUUACUAUACAAACCUUCUGAACAAUUCGGGCCUCCUCCAGUCAGACCAAGCCCUAACAGGGGACAACAGAACUGCCUCCAUGGUCCUUAACUACAGCAAGUAUCCUUAUCUUUUCAACAAAGACUUUGGAGCAUCAAUGGUGAACAUGGCCAACUUGGGUGUGCUAACAGGGAAAGAUGGAGAAAUAAGGAAGAAUUGCAGGGUAGUGAACUAGAAACCUGUAUCUAUCUGUAUCCUGGAAGAAAUCAGAACCAACUACUGAAAUUCAUCUUGUCUUGUUAAUUUAAGGUGUGGGAAAUAAUUGGCAAGCUGAAUCCUUUCUUUAAAAUUGUCCAAGCUAGGUUUGGUUCUUAACCUCAAUGAAAAGAAGAUAAUUUC